GUCAUGGAGCGUGCAUGCCAUGAGCCAUGAGAGUUAACUGCGGUUUUGCGCGUUCUUCAUUUCUAUUGGAGCAGCAACAGGAGCAGGGUACUUUCUACGUGCACACCGCCUACUACUAGUGUCGCCUUCCAAAGGUGACUGCAAAUUGGCUAACGACGUUGCUAGUACUAUCUGUCGACUCAGGUGGAUACAGUGGUUAGGGAGAGCAGUUGACAGUGACAUCCGUUUGAAUUGGUGUCUAGCUAUCUAUAUUAUUUAGCACAAUGACAGCUGCUUCGGACUCCGUAAAGCCCAAAACCUCUCCUAAAGCCAUAAAGUUCCUCUUCGGUGGGCUUGCCGGUAUGGGGGCGACGGUGUUUGUGCAACCGCUUGACCUGGUAAAGAACCGCAUGCAGCUGAGUGGGCAGGGUUCGAAGGCCCGCGAGUACAGGACCAGCCUGCACGCUGUGGCCAGCAUCCUGCGGAAUGAGGGCAUCGGGGGCAUCUACACAGGUUUGUCAGCAGGCCUGUUGCGACAGGCCACCUAUACCACCACGCGGUUGGGCAUCUACACUAUUCUGUUUGAGCGGAUGACCAAGGCGGAUGGGACGCCCCCUAACUUCUUCAUGAAGGCUCUGAUUGGCAUGACAGCUGGGGCCACAGGGGCCUUUGUGGGGACCCCUGCUGAGGUGUCCCUCAUUCGCAUGACCGCUGAUGGCCGCUUACCCCCAGACCAGAGGAGGGGAUACUCCAACGUCUUCAAUGCUCUGAUCAGGAUAACUCGUGAGGAGGGGCUCACAACAUUGUGGAGGGGCUGCAUACCCACCAUGGCCCGAGCUGUAGUGGUCAAUGCUGCUCAGCUGGCCUCUUACUCCCAGUCCAAACAGGCACUGCUGGACACUGGGCAUUUCCAUGACGACAUUCUGUGCCACUUCUGCGCCAGCAUGAUCAGCGGCCUGGUCACCACUGCAGCCUCCAUGCCCGUGGACAUCGUCAAGACCCGGAUCCAGAAUAUGAGAAUGAUUGACGGCAAGCCAGAGUACAAGAACGGAUUGGAAGUACUGUUGAAGGUGGUGCGGAAUGAGGGUUUCUUCAGUCUGUGGAAGGGCUUCACCCCAUACUACGCCCGCCUGGGGCCCCACACAGUGCUCACAUUCAUCUUCCUUGAGCAGAUGAACAAGUUCUACAAAGCCUAUUUCCUUGACUCAUAAGACAUUAAAGUGUGGCUUGGCAACUCACUGAUGGACACCUUUAAAAACUGACAUUCUGCUUCACUCUGGUCGACACAUAUACACAGUCUUAUUCCUGUAAAUUAAUGCCAGACUGAUCUUAAGUCUAAUGCUGAAGUCUAAUGCUGUAUAGUGAAUCUCUUUCUGUCACAUUGACCAACAGACAUGGUCAGCUUCCCCCUGUAGGAAGGUGCCUUCUCUACCUCUCAUUGCCUUUGACACACAGACUAAGACACUUUCUCAUAGACCUGUUCAGUUUUAGUCAUAUUAAGGCUACUGACAGAGAUUGAAGGCAACACAGGCACCUAUGGAAAACCAUGUUUGUCAGCACUGUCCUCUGUUUCCAUCUCUUGGUCACUGUGGUCAACUGUGCUCCUAGGAAUUCAGAGAUUUAGAAGUAAACUUUGCUACAGAAAUUAUAUUUACACCACAGUAAAAUAUGUUUAUGCAACAGGAGACAGCACAUAUGGAUGUGUUAUGCUUUUACAUAGCACUUUUAGGGAUUGGCAAACUCAGUGAUACAGCCUACUCAGAUAUCUUGUCACAUGGAGGAAGCCUGUGAAAAUCCGUAGACUUGUCUUCCUGUGCGCUGAAGCCCUGUUUCAGCUAAUCACUGCAAUGUAACCAUUGUUACAAUUCCAACAGCAGGGGAAUCAUGAGUCCAGUGAAUGUUAGAAGCCUCCAAGCAAAGAGAGGACUGAAAGUGGGUCCGGUGGAGCCCCUCUUUCCACAAACAUCUAAGUGAAUAACCAAGCCUCUUUCCUGAAGCUGCUGUAUACAAAGACCAGUAGCCCAGUGUGUGUAAAAACAUUUUUUAAACUACAAUUUCACUGGUGGUUGAAAUUGCAAAACAUCACCGCACACCAGUAGAUGCCAUGCUUUUAAAAAUUAUUUAAAUAAUAUUUUCAAACCCAGUGCUACUUCUGCUGUAUAGUUGUCAGUCUCCUUCAAUGUCUGUACAUCUGAAUAUUAAUGUUGAAGGAUUUCAUGAACUAUGGAGCAUCAUGUAAUUUCAAUGUGGUUUUUUUUUUCCUUGAAAAAAAAAGAAUAAAAGUACAAAAAAUGUUUUUUCAUUUUUCAAAAUA